AGUGACGUCCAGCAAGUCACUUUCAGGGCCUCAAAUUUCCUUCCCCGUAGUAAAAUGGGGAUAAUAAAAACAGCUACAGCGCAAGACUGCUGUGAGGCACAGAGAAAGGGCUUGGUCUUUGGAAGCGGAUUCCAGGUUCUCAACCUUCAUAUCCUUCACACUUGAAGGACGCCAAAGAAAGUGGAAAGGGUGAAUUUUCUUGAAAUCUCAGUUUUUGGGAAUCUUGGCGACGAGUCGCGGACCUCAGCUAAUUCAGCUCUCCAAAACCUCCGGCGGACAAACCGGAAGCACUGAGGCGGGACCCCUCGGAGGUACCACUCUGGCCGGAACCAGGAGGGCGGGUCCUAGGCGGGUCCUGCGCCCACAGCUACCUGGGUAAGGCCCAAGAUGGCUGCCUUCACGUUGGUAUACUUGUGAAGUCGGCGGGGACAGUUCCUGUCGUCAUCUUCUUGAGGGCCACAUUUGGUCCUCAUUCUUGGGCUUGUUUGGUGUGCUGUUGAAAGCGGGACUAGAGAGAUGGCAGGGAGCCUCUUAUGCGGGGCAGGUCGGCGCCUGUUGGACUGGGUGCCUUUGGCGUGCAGAAGCUUCUCUCUCGAUGUUCCUAGAUUGAUCGGUAUAAGGCUCACCCUCCCGCCCCCCAAAGUGGUUGAUCGUUGGAACGAGAAGAGGGCCAUGUUCGGAGUGUAUGACAACAUCGGGAUCCUGGGAAACUUUGAAAAGCACCCCAAAGAACUGAUCAGGGGCCCCGUAUGGCUUCGAGGUUGGAAAGGGAAUGAAUUCCAACGCUGUAUCCGAAAGAAGAAAAUGGUUGGACACAGAAUGUUCGCUGAUGACCUGCACAACCUUAAUAAACGCAUCCGCUAUCUCUACAAACAUUUUAACCGACAUGGGAAGUAUCGAUAGAAGAGAAAGCUGAGAAUUGCGGAAAAGGCUCAUCUGUUACCCUGGAGAAGGGAAACUACUUUUCCCUAUGAGGAAACGGCUUUGUAUGCUCUCUGUAAUAAAAUGGGGCUUCUUUGGAAUCUGGUAGUCACAUAACUUUGUUUUCCUUUAAUGCUGCCUCUACUCAUGUAGACUAUGAAGUCUUGACUCAUCCUAGGUUUUAGGGUCUUAGGUUUGGGCUUCACACCACUUGCCUUUUACAGUCUAACUAUACCUAAUGCCUUUAAAAAAGAAAAAUUGAUGAGAAUGUCAUCAGCACUUUUUGACAUAAUGCUUAUAGCAAGCUAAUAACAAUUAGGUUAAUAGUGUUUCUAAAGACCUUCCACUCUGAAAUGAAAUAUAAUAGAAAAAUGGAGUUUGAAUGUAAAACCUGAGGGG